AUACAAACUUCCACUCAUUCACGGCUACUAUUGUUAAGCUAGUUCCUCAAAAAUAGAACCAAAGAGAAGGAUUGUAUCAGUUUAAAUUGCUGAUAUCAAUUCACAGCUACAUAUGGACGGCCCUCUUCGGACUUUUGGGCGCCACCAGGACAUAUUCUCUCAUGGUUCACCAGUUGUCCUAUUAGUUGUCUCAUUUAUUUCUCUGUUGCGCUCUUGUUAACUACAUCAUUGAAUCCGCCUUUCCCUUACGAAUAAGCCGUAUGAUGCCCAACUUUAUGCAAGUCCUGUGUCGUACUGUACAAUCUAUACCAGAUUGACUGGAGUCAAUAUCUAGUGAGCAAUCAAAGGAAGAAUCUGAUCAAAGGACCCAGCAGUUGUCAAUAUUUUCUUACAGAUGAUGUUUCCCACAGCAGCGCAUUCAUCUCACGCCGGCUCUUGGGUCUCCGACGUUCGUGCUGGAGCGCGUUCUUGUCAAGUUGAAGGGCAAAUACCCAAUCGCCGAGUGUUCUCUACAACGCAGCGAGAGCAACGGCAGCAGCCACACCACCGACAGCCCACCCAGCGCAACCGGUAAUCUGAGGCAUCCCACCCGUGGAUGCGGAUGUCUUGACGGCCUUAGAAUCGGUCCCAGUGGUGCCGGUAGGUGUGCUGGUUGGCGCAGAAGUGGCAGCUGGCCCGGUGGUGGCAGGGGGACUCGAACCAUCAGUGCUGGUGCUAAUGGAGGCUUUACUGCCGUUGUAAAUGGAGGAUACAUCGUGGACAACAGUUGCGGGGCCCCAAAGCGUCUCGGCAGCUUUGCCAGUAAGAGUCAUUGUCGCGUCAGUCUUGUCAGAAUCACUCUCGAAAUUCGGAGAACCCGGUAUUAUACUGGUCAAGGGGAAGGGAAAGGCCCAACCAGACCUUUCAGUAGUUAAGGAUCACAAACCUUGCACCCCAUCUUCAUAUAAGGCGUGCUUAGUCAUGUAACCUUAUCAGAAACGACACAUUGGUCGCCGUAUUCGACCCCUUUGUGGGUUAUUAUAAUUUCACAGAGGGAGUUUAUGUGGUUUUUUAAAUUGUAACUGCGGUUUCUAUCGAAUCCAUGUUUUGCCUUUUUGUCGAUACUUGACAUGGCGGCAAACAUGGACCGUGCAGGUAUGUACCCCUUCACACCAAUUAGCGUAACGCGUCUCAGCGCGACAAUUAUAUUCCACAUUUCCCUACCUGGGACCAAGCCAAAGUGGUCGUGUCUACUACUUCUUGAGGUCAAUAUUACCUGAUAUGCAGCCGCGAAACUGAUUUACGGCUUCUAUCAUGCUGGAUUGGCAGUUUAUUAGCAAUGGGUUCGAAUAAGCGCAGUCGCCCGUUGGAGCAGCAGGUCAACGAUUCCUCGCCAAUGCCAAGCUCUGGCCGACUGUCUGCGAAGAGGAGGAAGGUGAGCGGCAGUGGAUCGUCACCUUCAACACCAAAUUCUGUGGAGGUCGUGAAGAGGACAUUGGGCAGAGCUGUGAGCCUGAAAGAGAAUGAGCCUAUCGACGAUGACUCGAACCCGGAACCUUCCCCAACAAAGCAGCUCCUGGAAGAUGAAGCUGCUGUCGAAUCGAUGAGCCUAAAACCUACAAACGAAGCUGGAGCAGAGGCGGCACCGGAGUCUGAGCCACCAGACCGCUUUGCAGGACGCCAGGCGCGAAAGUCGGGGCGCUAUUCGACAGAGGUCGCCGAAAGGCCGGUCCUGGAGCCGAAGAGCAUCUUGACACCCAGCAAGAGAGGACGGGGCAGGCCACGGAAGAGCGUCGCUUUUGAACUGACGACAUCGGGGGAGGGUGACGUGGAUCUGGGAUUUAAAGAUAUCCCCAUAGACCAGCCGCCUCCAAUUGAGACCCCGACACCACGAAAGAGAGGCACACCUCCAAAAAAUAGCGACCCCCAAGAGCAACCCCAAGGGCUCUUACAACCCGAGGAAGCCGAUACCGCAGAUGCAUCACAAGAAGCUAUACCACAAAAGAGAGGGAGAGGGAGACUGCGAAAAAAUCAUGACCCCCAAGAGCUCUCACGGGGGGGGAAUGUCACCACAGACGUGUCAGAAGAAGCUGUACUGCCAAAGAGAGGGAGAGGGAGACCUCGAAAAAUCCGCGACCCCAACGAGCUCUCAAAACCUGAGAAAUACACUAAAUCACCUAGAAUACCAAUUAUUGUGGAGCCAGAUGACGAAGAGGAGGAAGACGAGGAAGUUUGUGCUAUAUGUGAGAAUGGAGACUCUGAAGCCCCGAAUGAGAUUAUAUUCUGCGAUAGUUGCGACCUUGCUGUACAUCAAGAAUGCUACAAUAUUAUCACGAUCCCUGAAGGCGAAUGGUUAUGCAGCGACUGCCAACUAGAGGAUCCAGCAAUAGAGACGGCUGAUGUUCAAGAAACGGUUCCAGAAAUGGAUGCCGAGUCUAUUUUUGACAUUGGCGGAUCGGAGCCACCAGCUAUACCAGGGCUGGAAGACCAUCUAAUGGCUAUGCAAAGGCUUUUGCUAGACAAAUUAACGGGGCGUAAGAGGCUGAAGUUGCAUGAUCUCGAUGACGAGUUUCAAAAAGUAUAUCAAGUUGUUGAGCAGACGGUCAUGUCAGGAGAGGGAAAUUCUAUGCUCGUCAUAGGGGCGAGAGGUUCUGGAAAGACAACUCUUGUUGAAACAGUUAUAUCAGAUCUCUCAAUUGAGCAUCGACAGAACUUCCACGUCGUUAGGCUUAAUGGAUUCACGCACACAGAUGACAAGCUAGCGUUGCGGGACAUCUGGAGGCAGUUGGGCCGCGAAAUGGAAGUCGAAGAGGACCUGACUGCUAAGACCAACAAUUAUGCCGAUACGUUGACUUCGUUGUUAGCUUUAUUAUCACAUCCCACUGAGCUGUCGGAAGAUAACGCAAACCACAUGGCAAAGUCGGUUGUUUUCAUUUUAGACGAGUUCGAUCUUUUUGCAUCGCAUCCACGCCAAACUUUGCUCUACAAUCUUUUCGAUAUUGCCCAGGCGAGGAAAGCGCCCAUAGCUGUCUUGGGUGUGACAACAAAAAUCGACGUCGUGGAGAUGCUCGAAAAGAGAGUUAAAAGUCGAUUUAGCCACAGAUACGUGCAUCUGCCACUUCCGCGAAGCCUUCCAGCAUUCUGGGAGAUAUGCAAGGAAGGACUUCAAGUGGAUAUGGAUGAACUCGUUGAUGGGGGAUUUGAUCCCGGGUUGCCUGGACAGGAGGAGUUCCUCGAGUACUGGGACUCAAUGAUUAACUCUCUAUACAACGAUGAUGCACCCUACAAAGCUCAUCUACAAAGGAUCUUCUACAGAAGCAAAUCCAUCCCCGCCUUCUUCAGCACCUGCAUCCUCCCCAUCGCGAGCCUCACACCUCGCUCCCUCCCACUCACCUCAGCCUCAUUCCCCGUCCAAUCUACCCUCUCUCCCCCCGACUCGAAGCUCCACAUCCUCCAGGGGCUCUCUGACCUCGACCUCACGCUCCUCAUAUGUGCCGCGCGCCUCGACGUCGUCCUUGACACCGACACGUGCAAUUUCGCAAUGGCAUACGACGAGUACUCGACUCUAACAGCAAGGCAAAGGAUCCAGGCCAGCAGCAGUGGCAUUGGGGCACUCAGCGCUAGUUAUAAAGUGUGGGGCCGCGAGGUGGCUAUGGGGAGCUGGGAGACGCUGGUCGACUACGAGCUGCUUGUUCCGGUUAGCAUGGGAGCAGGGCCGAUGGGUGGCCUUGGGGGAGGGGGUGUUGGGAGGGAAGGCAAGAUGUGGAAGGUGGAUGUUGGGUUGGAGGAGAUCGCUGGCAGUGUGGGCGGGCUUACAAGUGUCAUGACGAAGUGGUGUAAGGAGAUUUGAGCAUGUGCUUUGUCAUGAAUUGCUGUACCGGCAUGAUGAUAUAAUGACAAGAUAUAGACGGUGAAGAUAGAGUGCUAUACUUCGUACGCAUCGGCAUGAAUGUAAUACAAACCUUAAUGCCCGGCAAUUUGUUUGACACAGUGCCGCCGACGCUAACAGCUGCCAAAUAUAAAUUCUUCGACAGGGUAGUCUCAAAGAAACAACAAUUGGGAAGUGAGCGGUCCUGUAACCGCGCAGCUCACAAACCUCAAAUACAAAAAUAUCAAUAGCCGCCCGCAAUGUCUCUCCUCUGUAUCCACAAUCCCGUAUCUUCACCACCUAAGCGCCCACAAAAGCUUCACUCUCGCCUGUGGACAAGUAGCGCGUCAGCGUGACAGGGACCCUGAAACGAAGCUUCUUCGCUUGGCGCCAAACACGCAAAUGAGCG